UGUGAAGCGACAGCUGAGGAGACUCCGGUGCUCGCUGUGGCAGAUGAAAAGCCCACGGAAGGAGUCAAGACUGAGAACAACGAUCAUAUUAAUUUUAAGGUGGCGGGGCAGGAUGAUUCUGUGGUGCAGUUUACGACUAAGAGGCACACACCACUUAGUAAACUAAUGAAAGCCUACACACCUGCACAACUGGAAAUGGAGGAUGAAGAUAUAAUUGAUGUGUUCCAGCAGCAGAUAGGAGGUGUCUAACUAAAAAGGGAACCAGCUACUUUACUCCAGAACUCUGUUCCUCCAGACCAAGAAGACAUUCUCAAUUAGAA